CUUCCCAUGCACAAGAUGACAAACACAGACCUGAGCAGGAUUCUGAAGAGUGAGGAGGUCCAGAGAGCUCUACGUGCACCCAUCAAAAAGAUCAACCGCAGAGUCCUGAAGAAGAAUCCUCUGAAGAAUCUGAAGAUAAUGCUCAAACUGAACCCUUAUGCCAAGACAGCAAGGCGUCACGCUAUCCUGCAGCACAACCCUACUAUCAAGGCUAAGAUGCUAAAGCCCAAGAAGAGGCAUGGAAAGAAAGGAGCACCUGCUAAACCCAAGGCUUAAAUCUAAAGAGACUGCAGUUCAGUAAA